AUACUGUUGUGUUGUUAUUAUUUUACUUCCAUUUAUUUUCCUCGAUGUUUAAAAUUUUAAUCAAAACUAGUGUAACUAUAAAAUGCAAUAAUAAAUACAAUUUAUAAUAAAUAUCGUUUAUUAAGUUUAAAAACAUGAAUUUAAAUAAGUUGGGGCAAUCGUUGUGCACAGCUGCGCGGAGUCAGUGCGGUGUCGAGCUGAAGCAUUUAAAUCAAGCAUUUAAAAAUACAAGCCGUGCUAGUAGUAAAAUGGACGAUAAAUUCAAAUUACCUGCGAGGUAUGGGGCGGGUGAAAAAAGUGUUUGGGUUGAGUACAUCCAGUUGGCAGCUGAAUACAAGCCUAAAGUGAACUUGGGCCAAGGUUUCCCCGACUACCAUGCACCACACCAUGUCCUAAAGGCUUUGAGUGAAAUUGCACUCAGUGAAAAUCCAUUGUUAAACCAAUACACCAGGGGAUUUGGCCUCCCUCGACUUGUGCAGAGUUUAACGAAGUUGUACUCUCCGCUUGUAGGUCAGAAAAUCGACCCGAUGAAUGAGAUCCUAGUCACAUACGGUGCUUAUGAAGCUCUAUAUGCUGCCAUUUUAGGUCAUGUGGACGAAUGCGAUGAAGUGAUAGUGAUAGAGCCUUUCUUCGACUGCUAUGACUUCAUGAUCAAAGCUGCGGGAGGCGAGCCCAGGUUCAUAGCGCUCGCUCCCAAAAAGACAGAAGGCACAAUAACGUCAGCGGACUGGGUGCUGGAUGAAAGGGAACUGACCAGCCUGUUCAACGAGCGUACCAAGAUGAUCAUCCUGAACACCCCCCACAACCCCAUCGGCAAGGUGUUCACCAAGCAGGAGCUGCAGCUGAUCUCCGACCUGUGCAAGAAGCACAAUGUCCUGUGCUUGUCCGAUGAGGUCUACGAAUGGAUGGCCUAUGAACCCGCUCAGCAUAUCAGGAUUGCUUCACUGCCGGGCAUGUGGGAGCGUACGAUCACGGUGGGGUCUGCGGGCAAGGCGUUCUCGGUGACGGGCUGGAAGACCGGCUGGGCGUACGGGCCGGCCGCGCUCAUGAAGAACUUGCAGGUCGUGCACCAGAACUGCGUCUACACCUGCUGCACGCCUGUACAGGAAGCAAUAGCCCGUUCCAUGGAGUAUGAGCUCGCCCGCCGCGACUCCCCCGAGUGCUACUUCAAGGCGCUGGCCCGGGAGCUGAUGCCCAAACGGGACAUGCUGGUGGACGCACUCAAGGAGAACGGCUUCAACCCCACCAUACCAGAGUCCGGGUACUUCAUCGUCGCUGAUUGGAGCAAACUGGCAACCAAAAUAGAUCUUUCACAAGAGCCGGACAAGUACAAGGAUUACAAGUUCACGAAGAAGUUCGCCAAAGAGUGCGGCGUGCUCGCCAUACCGCCGACGGCGUUCUACUCGGCCGAACACAAGCAUCUAGGAGAGGACUACGUCAGAUUCUGCUUUAUCAAGAAAGACGAAAACUUAAGCCUGGCCGGCCAACUUAUGUCGCAAUGGAACAUCAAGAAGAGAAAGUAGGCAAUUUUGUACGAAUAUUGUAAAUUGUGAUAUAUUAUGUAUAGCUAUGUAAUUUUAUACAUUGUUAACGCCAUCUCAAAUAUACCUUUUUCUCUGUUUUUA